AUGUCAAUAAGAAAAGAUAAUGAAAAUAUAAAUGAAUAUAAUACAUUACGUUCAACAAACCCUGAAUUAAUAAUGCCUUUAAAAAGACCAAAAAAGCAAUUUUUUUUCCCAAUUGAUAAAUUAACUUCUACAACAACAAUAUCACUGAAUAAGUCCAAAAAUGAAGAUAUAAUCAAACCAGUUGAUAUAAAUACUUUAAAAUCUUAUCCCCAACCCAUAUUUGAAAUUAAAAAAUCAAGUCCCAAGCGCAAAACCAAAAGAAGAAAACAUAUUCAAGUUGUCACUGAUAAUUCUGAUGAUAGUUUUGAUGGUAUAAGAUGGAAAGAAAGUCCUGAAUCAAAAGAUAGUCAAAAAUCUCAACUCAAUGAAUUACGCGUUAUUAAGAACAAGAACUAUGUUCAAAAUUCUUCAUCACCUCUAAAAAACAUCGCACAACUGAAAUCAAGUUUGCAAGAUGAUUCUUCUAAUGAAUUAUUAUCAAAAUAUGGAACAGAUUUCAACAAUGUUUAUAUGAUUUCACCACGACUUGUUAAAAGUCGAUCAGAUCUUGGAACUAAAACAAAUGCUGGUCCAUCAACUCUCAAAAGAACCAAAUCAAGCGAAGGCGGGAGUCUACGACAAAUUUCUGGAUCAUUUCAAGGAAAAUUAAAUAAUUGGAUUAAUAAACUUGGUGGCGAAGAUGAUGAGAAUUUAUCUGAAGAGUCUGUACAAAAAGCAAAAGGAAUCAAUCAAACAAUACUACAUCUGUCCCCUACUGCCAAAGUUUAUAAUGAUUCAAUUCAAUCAAUAGAUCCCUUUUCAGAUGAUGAUGAAGUAAUUAAUUUACAAUCACAAAAGAAGGAAGUAAAUAUUGAAUCGAGCCAACCACAAAUACUAAAUUCCGAGCCAAAUGAUUUAUCGGAAGACCCAUUUUCAGAUGACAUUGACCCAGAAAUUAUAAAUCUAUUAAAUAUAAAAAAGACAAAGCAACAGAUUUUUACCAAAUCAUUUAAAAGUGAAAAUAAUUUAAACAAAAAUGAUUCUGAGAGACCUGCAUUUACUUUGAAAGAAGAAGAAUUUGGUCCACUUGCAUAUGAUAGAUCAAUGCUUAGAAGAUACAAAAUAAAAUCAUUUACUGAACAAGUAUAUUUAAAGUCCAAAAAGCAAAUGAUUUUUGUUGUUCAAACUUUUAAUGGUGAAGAAUCAAAAUUAAUAGUCAGAGGUGAAUAUUGUGAAUUAAAUUAUCAACCAAAUGACAUAAUAAACAUCAUCAUCACCGAUCAUCAAAAUCCGAAUUUGAUCGAUGACACCCACAAUUUACUUAUUUGGAAUCCAGACAUUAUACUUUCAGCAACUACUAUAGCACAACAAAUAUCUUGUCCUAGAAAAAGUGUGAUAACUUCAAGAUAUAAAUUUCCAGGUUCAACCAGCAUUCCUUUAAUUGUUGGAGAAAUUGUUCAUUUAAUUUUCCAGGAAUGCAUGAUAACGGAAACUUGGACUCUAGAAUUCAUGAAUGAAGUUUUCGAUAACAUAGUAGAUCAAUAUUUAGUCAAUUUAUACAGUAUUGAUAAAACUAUUGGCGACGUAAAGGAUGAAGCUACAAAACAUUUUGCGUAUUUAAAUACAUGGUUCACCAAAUAUUAUAAAAAAGUACCAAAUGCAAAUACAAUGAUUGAAGACUGGUUGGAAGGUAACAAAAUAGGUUUUGGGGUUCAAGAUAUACUAGAUAUUGAAGAAGAAAUAAGAUCACCGGUUUUUGGUUUGAAAGGUAAAAUUGAUGCAACAAUUAUAGCAGCGUUAAAAAAUCAGAAAAUAAGAGGUAAUUAUCUUUUCCCAAUGGAGAUUAAAACUGGUAAAGAAUACAUCAAUCAUAGUGCUCAAGCUUCUUUAUAUGCUUUGCUAUUCAAAGAUCGAUAUGAUAUGGACAUUAACUCAUUUAUUUUAGUUUAUACAAAAGAAGAAAUCACCAAAAAAUGUAACAUAAGAAUAUCUGAUGUGAGAUCGUUGAUCAAUUUGAGAAAUCGAGUAUCGGAACAUUUUAAAUCAGGAUUAACGUUACCGGAAAUAAUUAGAAGAUCAGAUUGUGAAAGAUGUGAUGUUUUAGCCGGUUGUAUGACUUUAAAUCAUUUAGUUGAAGAUGGAACAGCAGAAAAUUCAGGAUUAAAAGAAGAUGAUUAUACUAUGUUGACUUUGGGAUUAUCUGAUCCAAAUUUCAAACAAUUUUUCAAGUAUUGGGAUUAUCUUAUAGCAAAAGAAGAAGAACUUAUGGGAAAAGCUAUAAAGCAAUUGUGGACAGUUCCAUCUCAUACACGUCAAGAAAGAGGAAAAUGUUUCAACAAUUUGAAAAUAAUUGAAUCAAGUGAUGAUGAUAAUCUGAUUUUCUAUUAUGCAAAUGUUAAAAGUGAAAAAACGAAUGCAAGACAAUUUUUAUAUACAUUCACAAAAGAUCAAGACUUUAAAAACUCUAAUUUUUUAUCUUCAAAAUUUACGUAUAAUGACAGAGUUAUAAUUAGUGAUGAAGAUGGUCAUUUUGCUGUUACAACUGGGUUUGUAAAAUCAAUUUCAAGACUGCAAAUAGUCAUUAGUACCAAAAGGAGAUUGACUACUCAUGAUCAAAAACUCAAAAAUUUCAACAAAGUUAAUAAUCAAAUGAUUGAGAGUUUAAUUCAUGGUAAACUCAAAUUUCAAGAAAAUGGGAAUAAAAGAUUUAUUCUUGAUAGAGAUGAAAUGUUUUAUGGUUUAGGUUUAGCUCGAUAUAACAUUUUGAGUUUGUUUUUGACUGGCUCUUCUCCUAGAUUUAGAGAUUUAAUCGUUAAUUUAAGUCCACCAAAUUUUUCACAACAAGAUUUUGAAUAUACAGGUGAUAUCAAAUUCAAUGAUUGUCAAUCAGCAGCAAUGGAAAAAGUAUUUUCAGCUCAAGAUUAUGCAUUAAUAUUGGGGAUGCCAGGUACUGGUAAAACCACAUUAAUAGUUGAAAUUAUUAAAACAAUAGUUUCACAUGGUCAAUCAGUCUUACUUACUUCAUAUACUAAUUCAGCUGUAGAUAAUAUACUUUUGAAACUCAAUGACAAAAAGUACAAAGAUCCGAAUGUUAGAAUUUUGAGAAUUGGUCAUCCACUGCGAGUCAACAAAUCAUUACAUGAUUUCAUUCCAGAUUUUAAAGAACCGAUAAAAUCACAAACUCAAUAUCUUGACACGUAUUCAUCACCAAAUGUUAUAGCAACCACAUGUUUAGGAGUUGCAGAUCCAUGUUUUAAUUUAAGAAAUGAAUUUGAUUAUUGUAUUGUUGAUGAAGCUUCUCAAAUUACAUUACCGAUAAAUUUAGGUCCUAUUAGUAUGGCUAAAAAAUUUGUAUUAGUUGGAGAUCAUCAUCAAUUACCACCUUUGGUUUUACAUCCUAAUCCGGAAGUUAAAACUGGUCUUUCACAAUCAUUAUUCAAAAUAUUGGCAGAGGCUAAUCCGCAAGCUUUAUGUGAAUUAACCGAUCAAUAUAGAAUGUGUGAAGAUAUUAUGCAAGUUUCAAAUGUUUUGGUUUAUGACAAUAAACUCAAAUGUGGAUCAGACGAAGUAGCCAAACAAAGUUUAAAAAUACCCAAUCCAACUUUUAUUACAAAUUUGUUACAAUCAAAUAUACCCAAUAAACAUCAAUGGAUUGACAACUUGAUAUUUGAUGAAAAUAAAAAAGUAUUGUUUUUGAAUCAUGAUGAUAUGCCAGCAAGAGAAACUGUCUUUGGAGAAACUGUUCAAAAUCCAGUAGAAGCUAAAUUAAUUUAUCAAAUUGUUAAAGCAUUGGUUUCUUCAGGAGUAGAUGAAGAUCAAAUUGGUGUUAUGUCAUUUUAUAGAUCACAAUUAGAACUUUUGAAAAGAAACUUGUCAUCAAAAACUGAUCUUGAAAUAUUAACUGCUGAUCAAUACCAAGGUAGAGAUAAGCAAUGUAUUAUUAUUUCAUUAGUAAGAUCAAAUGAAGAACAAAAUUCAGGUGAUUUAUUAAAAGAAUGGAGAAGACUUAAUGUUGCAGUUACAAGAGCCAAAUCGAAAUUAAUUAUACUUGGUUCAAAGUCAACAUUAUCUUCAACUAGUAUUACAAAUACUUUUGUUGAAUUUUUGGAGCUGAAGAGCUGGUUAUAUUCACUUCCACAAAAUGCUGAUGAAAUUUACGAUUUACCACAAUCAGUAAACAAUUCACCGAUUAAAAAAUCGCAAAAAGGUUCAGGAAUUUUGAGACAAAAUCCAAUGCUUAAAAAUAUAUUAGACGAUAUCAGUAAAUAG